UAGAAAUUUUUGGCGUGCUUCGAAAAUCCGUAUCAACUCCGCUGGUUUGUUGUGCUUGUGCAUUUCGGCCUCUUGUGAGAGCAGUAUGUUAAACGGAGUGUCUUUCCAUUUUAAUUGCACGCUUUCAAACAGCAGAAGUAUAACUUUGCGACUUAUGUCGUAUCCCGCACGCUGUUGUGCUAAAAGGAACUUGAGUAACAUUGCUCGCACAUCGCAACUUCUGCAACCGAGCGUGCUUGCAGGCACCGCAACGAAGCCGACGAAGCAGGACGGUGUUUGUAAAAGCCAAAGGAUGAUGAUGGAUUACGGCUUGAUAGCUCCAGCAUCUACGGGCACAAUUAUUUUGUUGCCUUUGGCAAUGAGAGCCUUACAGAAGCUCGUGAACAUUAUAGACGCAGAAAUGAAAAGAAUCGGUGGCCAGAAGCUUUCGUUGCCGUGCUUAAUACCGGCAGAUCUGAUGAAGAAAACCGGUAGGUGGGAUAAAAUGGAACAAGAACUGCUGAAGCUACACGACCGCAGAGACCACAACUACUGUCUUGGACCGACUCACGAGGAAACAAUAUCGCACAUGAUUUCAACGCUGCCUCCAAUGCUGCGGUCCUCCUACCCGCUUUUGCUUUAUCAGAUAGGGACAAAGUUUCGAGACGAGGCCAGGCCCAAGUUCGGGUUGAUGCGGGCAAAGGAGUUCCUCAUGAAAGACAUGUAUACGUUCGACGAGAACGACGCCUCGGCACAUGGGACUUAUGAAAAGGUGUGUGCCGCGUACGACAAGAUAUUUCGGCACCUCGGAGUGCCCUACGUCAAAGUUCAGGCAUCAACAGGCGCAAUGGGAGGCAGUUACUCGCACGAGUACCACUUCGUCAGUGAUAUCGGAGAGGAUAAACUGCGUCUCUGCUCAAAAUGUAAUCGUGGCGUCAACGCAGAAGAAGACAACGAGGAUGCCGAACAAACAUGGAAAUGCACGCAUUGUGUUGGACCAUUUCGGCAUGAACGAGGAAUUGAGGUGGGCCACGCAUUUUCGUUAGGCACAGCUUAUUCGAAACCUCUCAAAGCAGAGUGCUUAGGAGAUGAUGGAAAACAAAGGCCAUUGUUGAUGAAUUGCUUUGGAAUCGGUGUCACACGACUCUUGGCAGCAUGCCUGGAGCUGCUGUCAACCGCCGACCGGCUUCGAUGGCCGGCAGCUAUUGCCCCAUACACGGUCGCCAUAGUGACACCAAAGAAAGGCAGCCACGAAGAAGCUGCGGUUGGCAACCUUGCCGAACAUCUAUCCCGUCACCUGAACUCGUUACCCAGGCUUUUGGGCGACGUUGUCCUCGACGACAGAAAUUCUUGGACGGUUGGACGGAGGCUCAGGAACCUCUACAACAUCGGCAUUCCGUACGUUGUUGUUGCAGGAAAGAAAAUCAAAGAAGACGUUCCUCGGUUUGAACUUCAUGACGUCUACUCUCAGACAAGUGUUGAUUUCACACACUCUGAAGUCAUUGGUUACUUUGAGAUGAAGAAAUGCACAGAAGAUGGGCCGCACUUUCACGAUGUCAAGAGGUCUACAGUAGAAAGUCUCCAGGGCUCUUCGCUGACCAUGCCAGACCGUGAGAAAGCGAUCCCGCUCCGUCGGAGUAUGUCCUGA